AUGAGCCCGGAUCCUGGGGGUCCUACAGACACUCCAAACUCCAGCGAUGGGUUCUCGAGGUGGAUUGCUGUCCAAUCUGUCGCCCCGACAGCAGAGGGGCGUCUGGCACAAUCAAGGACAUUCAAGUCGGGAAAACCGUCGGAAUUCAGAGCCGUGGAGGGAUCUCCUAAAGGAUUGGAGCAGAAGAUUUUGAUUCUACAAUUGGUUGGCGAGAUACGCAUGAGUAACAUCGAGUUACUGAAAUAG